AUGGCCAUCCACAGCCAGGAGGAGAAGGAGGUCUACCUGAACAUCUCGGAGGUCAACAGCAGCAGCGCCUACAGUCUCCUGCUGGGUAACGUCUCCGGGAACAGCAGCGGCAGCCCACCCGAGACCCUGGAGGACAUCUUGUCUCAAUACCUGGGGCCGCGCCGGUCUCCCUUCUUCCUGCCCGUGGCCCUCACCUACCUGCUCAUCUUCAUCGUGGGCGUCGGCGGAAACCUCCUCACCUGCACGGUGAUCGCCAAGCACCGGAAGAUGCGCACGCCCACCAACAUGUACCUGUUCAGCCUGGCCAUCUCGGACCUGCUGGUGCUGAUCCUGGGCAUGCCGCUGGAGACCUACGAGCUGUGGCAGAACUACCCGUUCGUCUUCGGCGAGGCCGGCUGCCUGUUCCGGGUGCUGCUGCUGGAGACCGUCUGCUUCGCCUCGGUGCUCAACGUGACGGCGCUGAGCGUGGAGCGCUACGUGGCCGUGGUGCACCCGCUGCGCACGCGCUACACCGUCACCACGCGCCACGCCCAGCGCGUCAUCACCGCCGUCUGGCUGGCGGCGCUGCUGUGCGCCCUGCCCAACACCUCGCUGCACGGCAUCUACUACCUGGAGCUGCACGGCGCGCCCGUGCCCGAGUCGGCCACCUGCCACGUGCUGAAGCCCGUGUGGAUCUACAACCUGGUGAUCCAGGUGACCACCAUCUCCUUCUACUUCGUGCCCAUGACGGUGAUCAGCGUACUGUACAUGGUGAUCGGUAUCCGCCUGGGCCAGGAGCAGAGGGCCCACAGCGGGGGGGACUCGGGGAAGAGCGGAGGAGGAUCGGAGGCCAGCUGGACCAUCCACGUGGAAGGAGGGAAGAGGAGGCAGGUCACUAAGAUGCUCUCGGUGGUGGUGGUGGUGUUUGCCAUUUGCUGGGCCCCGUUCCACAUCGACCGCCUGCUGUGGAGCUUCACCACCGACUGGACGGACUACAUGCACGGCCUGUACGAGUACGUGCACAUCCUGUCGGGCGUGCUCUUCUACCUCAGCUCGGCCGUCAACCCCGUCAUCUACAACCUGCUCUCCACCCGCUUCCGCGAGAGCUUCCGCGAGCUGGUCUGCCACCAGGGCGGCUCCACCAACACCCACAAGUGCCACAACAGCUCGCCGCCCUUCAGCAAGAUCCUGAAGGGCUCCACCUGCACCAUGCACACCUACAGCAGCAGCGGGAGCAGCAGUCGCAGGAGCCGGCCCAGGGACACCACCACCUCCCACAUCGGGUGGGAGCACGAGGACGAGACCACUGUCAUGUGA